GCUUGCAGACUUGUAAUAGAAGUCACCGCCGCAACCUGUCCCGCGGUUUUGCUAGAAACAACGAUCAGAUUCUCAACAUGGCGUCUCUUACACUCUACGAUACUGCCAUCAUUCCGAUGAUUCGGACACUGAAACACCUCUCAGCCAUUCUCAAGCGAGGAGAAGCACAUGCUGAUGAGAAGGGGAUCGACCAUUCAGAGCUGCUUGAGGCUCGUAUCGUCGCCGACAUGCACCCUCUUCCAUUCCAAAUUCAAACUGCUAGCAACAGUGCCAAAUUUCUAGCCGUCCGGGUCGCUGGCGUGGAAAACAUCACAUUUGCCGACGACGAGAAGACUUUUGCAGAUUUACAGGAUAGACUCACUCGAACAAUUGAAUAUUUGGAAGCAAUUGACCGGAAGCAAUUUGAUGGCAAGGAAACUGCCGAGGUUGUCGCUUUCAAUAGAAACUUUACUGGUUUGAGCUAUGUCAACGACUUUGCUCUUCCCAACUUCUUCUUCCAUACUGUUACAGCGUACAACAUCCUUCGCAGUAAGGGUAUUGAUAUCGGAAAAAAGGACUGGCUUGGAGUCAGGUAACAUGAAGAAUCUGAUGUGAUCAGAGUGGUUCAGAAGCGACAAAACUCUGCUCGUUUUGAGGAUAUCAAGCAAUACAGGAACAUGGCGCAAUUUUCAUGUUUUUUUUCUUUCAGCACUAUCGCUGAACGGCUCGAAACUCCAAUUCAAGACCUCAGAGAGCUCAGUACAUGUACAUGCGCCUGAGUUUCAAUUCAUAUCCCAAGGACACCUCAAAAUACAGUGAUGGUUCAGCUCACCACUUCUGAGGUCUCUAUUUCUGGCGUCAUAGUUGCCAGCCUCGACAUCAUUCAAAGA